AUGCACAAACUCAACGCCCGACUCGGAAACCUCCGGCUGGAAGAGGUGAUCGGAACUGGAGCCUAUGGCACCGUCUACAGAGCCACUGACAUUUACUCGAGCAAACGAUACGCAGUCAAGGUGGUUGGCAAGCGCUCGCAACUGAACGACUGCCGCGGCCAGGUCAUCAACGCCCACAAGCUGUCUCUCCAACAGGUUUCUCUGGCGGCCCUCAACCACAACGCAUCCCACAUCUACCGAGAAAUCGCCCUCCAUAACCAUGUCCAGGUCCACCCCUACAUUCUGUCGCUGUACGCCGUCUACGAGGCCAGCGACUGUCUCUACAUUGUUCUGGAGCACUGCGAGGACGACCUCUUCACCGCUAUUGUCGACCGGGGCAUGUUCCAGACCUACGCCCCCAGUGCCAAGAUCAUCCUGCUCCAACUGCUCGAGGCCGUCCUCUACACCCACAACAAGGGCGUCUUCCACUGCGAUCUUAAGCCAGAAAAUAUUCUCGUGGCCGAGGGAGGCACUUGCAUUCGGCUGGCAGACUUUGGCCUGGCCUCACGAUCCGGACAACAGGUGUCCCAGUGCGGUUCGUCCUUCUACAUGUCUCCCGAGCGACAGACCAAGCGCCACAGCUCCUUGUCCGUGCAGCAGAUCAAUGCCGGAAACGCUGCCGCCGAUAUCUGGAGCCUGGGAGUUAUUGCCAUCAAUCUCUUUUGUGGCAGAAACCCCUGGAAACGGGCCCACGUCUCGGACGAGGCCUACCGCCAGUACCUCAAGGACCCGUCGUUCCUGCAGCAGAUCCUGCCUGUUAGCGAUGAGUUUGCCGGCAUUCUCAACCGCAUCUUCACCGCCGAUGUCAAGUCGAGAAUCAGCCUCACCCAGCUCCGAGAACAGAUCAAGAACUGCGACAUGUUUGUACUUGGACAGGACACUGAGGAGAGGCCUGCAACCUCUGCCAUUCCUACAUACACCAAGGCGCCUAUUCCUCCCACGUCUCCCGUGUCUCUGCUCCCUGCUCCUUCUCUCAAAUCAAACCUGUCACCUCUCAGUCACACCUCCAGUGUAUCGCCUCUCAGCCACACGUCGUCCAUCUUCUCGACGCCCUACACUCCCGACGUAUCCCCAACGGCCGUGUCGGAUCGAGGCGUCAAGCGUCGACGCAGCGAGGAGAACGAGCCGUUCCACUUUUCGCUCAACCAUACCAGCGACGUGGACCGGUUCGACUUUGGCAUGAGCGACCCCCGAGCCCGACUGUUCGCCUAA